CUUCACGCGAGCAACCAAUUAACAUUAUCCUUGCACUAUCGUCUGCUCUGAAUUUGAAUGUUACUUGUCACACCGGCUGCCUCUUGUUUGCGUAAUUUGUGAAACGUCUCUUAUUCUUGAUCUUGAACGUGUGUGUGUGGAUUUAUUAUUAUUGAUCGUAUCUGGACCCAGCCUCCAAGAUAUGACACAACAAAGACAGGCCUGGGUGGGAAAAAUAUUUGGUUUGCAGCCAGGGAGGGGCGUAGGACCAGUGAUAUUUUUCAAGAGGGGCUUCUUAUAAAUACGCCAAUCGCGAUUUGGUUCAUCACAGUUUCAGCUUCAGCAACAAGAGGCAGAUACCCCACCAACAACCAACAUGUACAAGUUUUUGAUCGUUGCCGCCGUCGCUCUGGCUGUUGCCGAGGCUGGCUACGUUGCCGCCCCCGCAUACGCCCCCACCGCCUAUGCCGCCCCCGCUGCAUACGCCGCCCCCGCCGUCACCUCCCAGUCGGCCAACAUCCUGAGGAGCUACGGCAACCUGGGACAGGUGUCCACCUACACCAAGACCAUCGAUACCCCCUACUCCAGCGUCAGCAAGUCUGAUGUCCGUGUCAGCAACCCUGGAUACGCCAGCUACGCCGCCCCCGCCUACGCCCCAGCUGCAUACGCCGCCCACGCCUACGCCCCAGCUGCAUACGCCGCUCCCGCUUACCAUGCCCCAGCUGCAUACGCCGCCCCCGCCUACCACGCACCCGCUGCCUACGCCGCCCCCGUCGCCAAGGUUGCCGCCUCUCCCCUCCUCGGAGUGGCCUACUCUGCCGCCCCCGCUGUCGCUCACAUCUCUUUCGAUGGAUUCGGCGCUCACUACGUCUACUAAUUUCGUCAAUACCAGUUAUCUCCUCCUCUCAUAUCUCACUCCAACUCAUUCUUCACCUUUUCCAUUCUCAUAAUUUCCUCCUCAAUAUUGCUCAAUCCAAACUCUAUCUUCUGAUAGAGUUACUGUUAAAUAGACUGUUAAUUUAUUGUAACUUAUUGUUGUAAGUUCAAAUAAAUAUACUUCUAAAAUA